AACUGAAACCUGAUCCACGUUCAGAGCUGCAGCAGUUUCUCGGUGUGAAGCUGAACCAGCUGCUUCCUGCCUGUUGGGGCAGCAUGGCUCCUCACUCAGCGCAGCCUGCCGGAAAUUCAGCAGCAGAAGAAGAAAAUCAGCCUGAAGAUGAAGCGGAGCUGAGCUCGGUUUGCAGCGGGAGAACUGAUCCAGGUUUCAGCUGCUCUGUUACCGUGGAGACCGCUGUCGUCUCGGAGGAGGAAGCUGAUGCUGCCAUGGCGAACAGGGCGGAGCUCCACACCUCAGACCACACCUCCUCUCCUGAAGAAGAGCUGAGGAAGCCCGCGGGCCGCCCCUCCCGCUGCCGAACCACCGCCAGCGCAGGGAGGCGGAGCCAGAGAGGGAAAAAGCGGGGCCCUGCGGACAAGAGGCGGGGCCCAGGUGAUAGGAGGCGUGGUCCGAAGGAGAAGAGGCGGGGUCAGGAGGAGAAGAAGGAGGGCGUGACGGUGAAGAGGAUGUGGCGCGGCGGGAAGCGACAGUACUGCGUGUUCUGUCGGCGACCGCAGGUGAAGAUCGCUCGCCACCUGCUGAGGAAGCACGCCGACCAACAGGAAGUGAUGGCUGCCAGCACGCUGCCCACAGGCUCCAAACAACGCCACCUGCUGCUGGAGCACCUGCGCUGCAGAGGCAACUACCUGCACAACAUCGAGGUGAUCAGACAGGGCAGCGGUGAGAUCGUCCCGUGUCGUCAGCCCUCGGAGGACGUCGAUGCGAGGAACUACCUGCCGUGCCCGCUCUGCCUCGGCUUCUUCCUGCGCUCUGAUCUCUGGAAGCAUCAGGCGUCCUGUCGGAAGAAACUGGCCUCUGAUGUCUCCAAAGACUCUGUGUCCACAGCAGAGACCAGCUCUGAGUCCAUGAAGGACACAGCCUCUGACUCCACAGUCUGUGCUCGAGCAGACGUCAGGACCUCCAGCUCCACGGAGGACGCACCAUGUGACCGCUCAGGAGGCACAGACCCAACAGACCAGACUGGGACUAAAAGACCCAUAACCUCUGAACCAAGUGGGGAUCAGAACUUGACCUCUGACCCCGGAGAAGACCGCCCCAGGAAGCGCAGCAGGGUCCAGGCUGCAGCGUCUCGCCUCCUUCCAAUAUCCAGUGGAGCAUCUGAGAGCUGCAGCGAAGUCCUGCACCGCAUGAACCAGGACCACAUCUCACAUCAGGUCAAAUCUGAUUGGUUGAUCUGUAAAUAUGGAAACAAGUUGAUGGGGAACCAAGAUGGCGGCCAGAAGAGGUACGAUUACGUCAGUCAGAAACUGAGGGAGCUCGGGAGGUUCCUCCUCGCCGCUAAAUGUCUGGACUCUGGUGUCCAGACUCUGCAGGACGUUCUGGCUCCAGGUCGUCUCAGCCUGGUGCUGGCAGCUGCCAGAAAGGCAUCCAGGUACCGGUGGACCCGUCCUCCGCUGGCGGUGAAGACGACUCUGAAGACAGUUUGUGAGAUCGCCAUCGGAGAGAGUCUGCAGGACGGAGACUGGGAGGCUGCAGCCAAAACCACCGACUUCUACCACAUGCUGGGAAGAGAGUGGGACAACCUGGGACAGCUGAACCCUGACCCUGACACAGCUGCAGAAGGAUCGAAGCUGAAGAAACGACUCGUCCAACCACAGAAGAAGAAACGUAAAGAUCCAGAUCAAGAUCCUGAACCAAGACCAGAGGUUCAGUCAAAGAGCAGUAACCGACCUGUGACCUCCAUGAUCCCACCAGAGUCCAGACUGCAGACUCUGAUUGCAGUCCCUGUGGCUCCUAAGAAGGUCCGACGUCGUCCAUGGUCCUCUGCAGAGAAGGAGGCGGUCUGGAGACAGCUGGGAGUCCACGUGCUGGUCCAGUCAGUACCAGGGAAGGAGGUUUGUCAACGCUGUCUGGACCUGGAGCCUGUCCUCAGAGGGCGACACUGGAAGGACAUCAAGAACCAGGUCCACAACCAAAUCCAGAGCCAGAAGAAGCAGCAGUUUCAUGCCCAGAUGGACCAGGAACAACAAGAGCAAAUCCAAAACCAGAAGCAGCAGCAGCACUACCAGGUCCAAAUGGACCAACAGGGCAAGGACCAGACCCAGAACCAGAAGAAACAGCACUACCAUAUCCAGAUGGACCACCAGGACCAGGACAACUUUCAGAAUCCUAAAAAACAGCAGUACCAUUCCCAGCUGGACAACCAGGACCUACAAAUUCACAAAAAGCAAGUGUGCCAUGUGAGACUGGACCAGCAGGACCAUGUUCAAGUCCAUAAGAAGCAGCUGUACCAAAUGGACCAGGAAACCCAGGGACUACAGACCACGCUGGACCAGGACACGUCUCUACUGACGGUCUCACAUUAUGGACCUGAUGGGUCUCAUCACGUCCCAGGACACUCAGUAGUGGAGCGGGAACCCAUCAUCAGUCCAUAUCCACUUCCACACAGGACCACGGGACCUCACAUGGACCAGCUGCUGUCCAGAACGGAGUGGACAGACGAGUCUCUGGCCCAGAACUACCCAGUCAGCCGGCAGCUGGCCAGGAACCUGCUCCAGGACUCACCCCCUGGAGGACCACUGUCCAAUCCACACUCUGGACACGUCCACUUCUGAUGGACAGGCCCACAGGGGUCCUGAGACCUGAAGACUGGUUUAGAUCAGGAAACAAAGUGAAACUCCGUUAUAACUGAGACUGUCCCUGAACUUUCAUUUCAAAAUAAAAGACCCUCUCCUUUACAGGAAGUUAUUGUGUGUAACCUGUGGCGUCCUGUUGAACUGGACGAGUCCAGAUCAGGUUUUUGGGAUCAGAUCCAAAUUCUUUAAUACUGUGUAUUUGUUAACACCAAGUCCAGUCCAACACGUACACACACACACACACACAAACACAGCUCUGGACUCUGACCGAAGACGUCCGUCACAUCAAAGCUGCUGAAACCACAGGAAGUCUCUGAUUGGUGGAUCAGUUGAGGAACAAACAAACCCAGAGAACUCAGAGGCGGAUCCAGAAACACAGAAACCAUCAUGUGACACUGACCCAGUAAAAUGAGUGUAAAUGUUUAUUAAAGAUCCCAGUGAACACACACAGUGUCUGACAUGUUCUGUUUGUAGAACUCAGUGGAACCUAGAACUUAAAGGUUCUCACAGGUUCUGUGGUGGAAAACAGUCUGAAGAAGAAGGAACAGAGUUAAUGUCUCAGCAGGACGUCCUGCUGCUGCUGCUCGUCGUUAAGAUAAAUGCUGCUGUUCCUCUGAGUCUCUGUCAGAGAUUAACUACAUUCUUUCCGACUUUCCCAUCAUGCAUCACUGCAGAGUGAAGUUCUCAUUGAUUUCAUGUUGAAGUAAAACUCAGUUUCCAGCUCAGCCUGAUGGACAGGUCUGUCCACCAGCGACCUGUGUGAUGUCAUCACUCACAGGAACAACAGUGUGAACUGAUGAUGGCGUCUGAUGAGGCGUUUCCUGUGAACAAGCCCACAUCUGUCCUCUGUCUCUGCGCCAUGUUUACAGGUGUGUGUGUGGGACAGUGUCCCUGUCCAGUGUCCUCCACAGUGUCACAGUGUCACACAGUCACAUGACUGAGUAAUCCUAGCUGUCUGUGAAGGUCUCUCUGCCUCAGCUCCCUCUCUCUCUGAUGUCACUGAUGCUGCGCAGUGAAGGAUCCAGCUGAGGCUUCAUGGCCCCGCCCCCUUCUCC